ACAUGCCGGGGCUCCUCCUCUCCACGCUGCUGGGCGCUGCUCUGGCGCAGUUCUGCUGCAGGGCGCAGGGCGGCGGGCUGUUGGCCAGGGCGCCGGAAGGAAGGCCUGGAGAGGAACCGGAAGUGCAGCCUCGCAGACAGUUUUGUCACUGGCCCUGUACAUGCCCUCGUCAGAAGCCCAGCUGCCCUCCUGGAGUGAGCUUGCUGAGGGACGGCUGCGGGUGCUGUAAGAUCUGUGCCAAACAGCCGGGGGACAUCUGCAACGAAGCCGACCUCUGUGACCCCCACAAAGGGCUGUACUGUGACUACUCGGCCGACAGGCCUCGGUUCGAGACCGGAGUGUGUGCGCACCUUAUAGCUGUGGGAUGCGAGUUCAACGGGGUACAUUAUCAUAAUGGCCAAGUCUUUCAGCCCAACCCCCUGUUUAGCUGCCUCUGUGUGAGUGGAGCCAUUGGAUGCACACCUCUGUUCAUACCAAAGCUGGCUGACAGUCACUGCUCUGGGGCUAAAGGUAGAAAGAAGUCUGAUCAAUCCAACUGUGGCCUGGGACCAUUCCAACAGCAGCUUUCAACAACCUACAAAACAAUGCCAGCUUAUAGGAAUCUCCCACUUGUUUGGAAAAGAAAAUGUCUUGUGCAAGCAACAAAGUGGACACCUUGCUCCAGAACAUGUGGGAUGGGAAUAUCUGAUCGGGUCACCAAUGAAAAUAGCAACUGUGAAAUGAGAAAAGAGAGAAGACUGUGUUACAUUCAACCUUGUGACAGUAAUAUAUCAAAGAGAGUAAAGAUCCCCAAAGGAAAAACAUGCCAACCUACUUUCCAACUCCUCAAAGCUGAAAAAUUUGUCUUUUCUGGAUGCUCAAGCACUCAGAGUUAUAAACCCACUUUCUGUGGAGUAUGCUUGGAUAAGAGAUGCUGUGUCCCUAAUAAGUCUAAAAUGAUUACCAUUCAAUUUGAUUGCCCAAAUGAAGGGUCAUUUAAAUGGAAGAUGCUGUGGAUUACAUCUUGUGUAUGCCAAAGGAACUGCAGAGAUCCAGGAGAUAUAUUUUCUGACCUCAAGAUCCUAUAAAACCUAGUAUAUAUGGGAAAAGUUAAGUUCAGGUAAUCAUGUCAUUACAUUAGAAAAUUAG